AUGUCUGUCAUUCUGUGCACCGCCGGCUAUGACCACACAAUAAGGUUUUGGGAGGCACUAUCGGGGAUCUGCUCCCGCACGAUACAACACCCGGAUAGUCAGGUCAACCGACUAUGCAUCUCGCCGGACAAGCGCUUCCUCGCCGCGGCCGGCCACCACACGGUCAAGCUCUACGACAUCAAGUCGACCAACCCCAAUGCGCUGCUGACGUUUGAAGGGCACACGGGCAACGUAACGGGCGUCGCCUUCCACUGCGAGGGUAAGUGGAUGGUGACGAGCUCCGAGGACGGCACUGUCAAGAUUUGGGAGACGAGAACGGGGACGAUCCAGCGGAGCUACAACCACCAGAGCCCCGUCAACGACGUCGUCAUCCACCCGAACCAGGGCGAAAUUAUCAGCUGUGACAGGGCCGGGACUAUUCGUCUAUGGGACCUGGCGGAUAACAAAUGCACCAGUGAGAUGGUGCCAGAGGAGGACGUUAGCGUCAGCAGCUUGACUGUUGCUACCGACGGAUCGCUGCUUUGUGCGGCCAAUAACAGGGGCAACGUCUUCGUCUGGUCCCUUUCGCAGGGCCUUGAGCGGACCAUCGCGACGCCCAUGACGCAGUUCUCGGCGCACGACCAGUACAUCACGCGUGUGCUCCUGUCGCCCGACGUCAAGAAGCUGGCGACGUGCUCGGCCGACCACACGGCCAAGAUCUGGGAGGUUGACAUAGAGCCGACCCUCCAGGCGGGCAAGGCCGUGCCCUUUCGCCUCGAGGCCACGCUGGCCAACCACCAGCGCUGGGUCUGGGACUGCGCCUUCAGUGCAGACUCGGCCUACCUCGUCACCGCCUGCUCGGACCACUACGCUCGCCUCUGGGAGCUGCAGAGUCAGGCCAUCAUCAGGACCUACAACGGCCACCACCGCGGCGCCGUCUGCGUUGCCCUCAACGACUACUCCGAGACUAGGUAG